AUGGAUAAAUUUGGACUGAAGGCAUUGGUGCCUCUGAUCAGACAAGAAGACCAUGAAUCAGCUCAAACUUAUGACAGCUCAAUGACGCUGGGGGCAGAUUUAUCUUCGAUGUUGCACUCUCUCGGAAUACCCAGAGAUUCAAAGAGGCAUAAAGUUUUGUAUACCUUUCAGUCUCCUUGGGCCGAGACGUCGAGAAGUGAGGUCGAACCAAGAUUUUUUAUACCGGAAUCAUUCACAAAUAUACCAGAAGUAUUACAAUCACAGUCAACGCCGCCCUGCUUCAACUCUGUGCAGGAGGAUCAUCAACGGGUGGCACUCUUUCAAGACGAGACACUUUUUUAUCUUUUCUAUAAACAUCCUGGAACUGUUAUUCAAGAAUUGACAUAUCUGGAAUUAAGAAAGCGCAACUGGCGUUAUCACAAGACACUUAAAGCAUGGCUAACAAAAGAUCCAAAAAUGGAGCCUGCCGUAUCAGCGGAUGGCCUAAGUGAACGAGGGUCGUACGUAUUUUUCGAUCCUCAAAGAUGGGAAAAAUGCCAAAGGGAUUUCCUUUUAUUUUACAAUGCUAUCAUGUAG